AUGUUAUUCAUUGAUGACUGCGCACAACAACAGAAAUUACUCGACAGCGAUGAAUAUCUGUUGGUUGGAAAACAGUUCUCAUCGGGUAUUAUAAAAGGUAACAAGUAAUAUAUUAUAAUCAGUCUGAGAUGGUACCAUGAUAUGCAAUUCGAAUCUGAAAAAUUGUUUUACCGAUAAUUGUUUUUAGCAAAUGUCCAGAAACCAAGUGGUGCUAAGGCAAAAUUACUAAAACCCUUGUCGCUUGCAAAUCUGAAGUCUACAAGGUAAUUGAUGCAUAUUUCAUUGACAUUGUGAUUGUUUUAGUAUGGACAUAUGGCAAAGCCCAUCUCCUCUCGAACAUGCUGCAGAGAUUAAAUUUAUUUUCAAUCCCUCUAAUGUUUGCUUGUGAGUAAGUGGACGAGACCUAAGCUGAAUUACGAACAAGGGUGGGUUGACUACAAAAUUUUUGUAGUUCGCUAUAACUACAGCUACUUCAAAAAUAUAUAGUCAGCUACAACUACUGCUACUUUUGAACAAAGGUAGUUCGCUACUGACUACAGCUACUGCUUAAAAAAUGUAGCGAACUAUUUCGCUAUUUCGCUACUCUAUAUUUUUUAGUUUUAUGGUAUUUGGAGCAUCCACUAGCUCGGGCUGUAAUGUAACCUAUAACAAAUCGACUUACGAGUAGCAACAGUAAACAAAAAGGGUCAAAGCAACAUUUUUGCAAGCACUACAGUGUUCAGGAGUGCCACUUUUCAUUGCGCUACAAUAAUCUUUUCUGUAUAAAAUAAUCUUUUAAGCAAACCGUGUCUUAAUAUCAUUCUAUUCUAUGAACGGUUGCUAACAAUUUUAAAAAGUAGCGAAUAGCGAUUCGCUGUUUGAAAAGUAGUCAACUAUUUGGCUACUUUUAGUCAAAAUGUAGUUCGCUAUAACUACAACUACUGUUUUAAAAAAGUAGUCAAAAACUACAGGCUACUUGAAAAUUGUAGUUCGCUACAGUAGCGAACUACAACUACUUCGCUACUACCCACCCUUGAUUACGAAUGACGUAACUCAACCUGAUCGAGUCAAAGGUUUUCUAAGGGAGCCUCUGGCAGCCACUUUAUGACUCCUAUCUGAUCAUGGAGUACAGGCAUAUCUAAUACUAAUUGAACCUGUGUUUCUUUGUAAGACCGCCAUAGAUUUGACUCCUACCAGAAGGUCUGCAGUUGCAUUUUUUGCAACUGUUUCUGAUUAGGUCUUAAUAUAUGUAUAAAAUUUAGACUUAAAAUUUCCAGCUAUAAAAAUCUUCAACAAUUAGUUAUAUUAAAUGACAUGUCCAAAGUCAUGACAUUUAUCCAAAAUAUUAAUCACAUGUAAAAUAUUUUAUUUAGAGUUUAUUUAUACAAUCAAGAGAGUGAUACCGUUCCUUUCUUUCCAAUGGAUGAAUAUGAAAUCAUUAAAUAUGGUUGGUUCAAGGUAAAUGCAAAAUUAUUUUACCCUGUGUAAAAAUGUGGGGCAUUGUAAAAUUGUCGUUGAAAAAUAGUUUUAUCUUAUAUUUUUUGAUAAUAGAGAGGUGUCUGUAUUAGAGAGAUGUCCGUAUUAGAGGGAUGUCUGUAUUAGAGAGAUGGUUGUAUUAGAGAGGUGCCUGUAUUAGAAGGGUGUCUGUAUUAGAGAGGUGUCUGUAUUAGAGAGGUGUCUAUGUUAGAGAGGUAUCUGUAUUAGAGACAUGUCUGUAUUAGAGAGGUGUCUGUAUUAGAGAGGAGUCUGUAUUAGAGAGGUGUCUGUAUUAGAGAGAUGUCUAUAUUAGAGAGGUGUCUGUAUUAUGUUUAGAGAGGUGUCUGUAUUAUACUUAGAAAGGUGUCUAUAUUAGAGAGAUGUCUGUAUUAGAGAGGUGUUUGUAUUAGAAAGGUGUCUGUAUUAGAGAGAUGUCUGUAUUUGAGAGAUGUCUGUAUUAUAGAGUUGUUUGUAUUAGAGAGAUGUCUAUAUUAGAGGGGUGACUAUACAGACUAAUACCAUAUCUGUUUAUUUAGACCAAGUUCUUUGUGUCAGGAAACAAAGAGAUUACUGAAACAUACAAGGGAAGAACAGCAGUGAAACUUGGCAUUCAUAUUGUAUCAUUGUUAUUCAUUGAUGACUGCGCACAUUACUGGACAGCGAUGAAUAUCCGUUGGUUGGAAAGUCUACAGCACAACAAUUCUCAUCGGGCAUUAUAAAAGGUAACAAGUAAUAUAUUAUGAGUCUGAGAUUGGACAAUGAUAUAUAAUUCGAAUCUAAAAAAUUGUUUGACUGAUAAUUGUUUUGAGCGAAUGUCCAGAAACCAAUUGGCGCUAAGGCAAAAGUACUAAAACCCUUGUCGCUUGCAAAUCUGAAGUCUACAAGGUAAUUGAUGCAUAUUACAUUGACAGUGUGAUAUUUUUAGUAUGGAGAAAUGGCAAAGCCCAUCUGCUCUCGAACAUGCUGCAUUAUUUUCAAUCCCUGUAAUGUAUGCUUGUGAGUAACUUGAGGAGACCUAAGUUGAAUUACGAAUGACACAACUCAACCUGAUUGAGGCAAAGGUUUUCUAAGGGUGCGUCUGGCAGCCACUUUAUGACUCCUAUCUGAUCAUGGAGUACAGGCAAAUCUAAUACUAUUUGAACCUGAAUUUCUUUGUAAGACCGUCAUAGGUUUGACUCCUGUCACAGGCUCUGUAGUUGCAUUUUUUGCAACCGUUUCUGGUUAGAUCUUAAUAUAUGUACAAAAUUUAGACUUAAAAUUUCCAUCUAUAAAAAUCUUCAACAAUUAGUUAUAUCGAAUGAGAUGUCCAAAGUCAUGACAUUUAUCCAAAAUAUUAAUCACAUGUAAAAUAUUUUAUUUAGAGUUUAUUUAUACAAUCAAGAGAGUGAUACCGUUCCUUUCUUUCCAACGGAUGAAUAUGAAAUCAUUAAAUAUGGUUGGUUCAGGUAAAUGCAAAAUUAUUUUACCCUGUGUUAAAGUGUGAGGCAUUGUAAAAUUGUCGUUGAAACAUAGUUUUAUCUUAUUCGAGAGGUGUCUAUGUUGGAGAGAUGUCUGUAUUAGAGAGGUGUCUGUAUACCGACUCCUCUCUAAAACAGACACCUCUCUAAUACAGACACUCUCAAAUACAGACACCUCUGUAAUACCAUAUUUGUUUAUUUAGACCAAGUUCUUUGCGUCAGAAAACGAAGAGAUUACUGAAACAUACAAAGGCAGGACAGGAGUGAAACUUGGCAUUCCUAUUGUAUCAUUGUUAUUCAUUGAUGACUGCGCACAACAACAGAAAUUACUGGACAGUGAUGAAUAUCUGUUGGUUGGAAAAUCUGCUUCUAAACAUUUCUCAUCGGGCAUUAUAAAAGGUAACGAGUAAUGUAUUAUAAUGAGUCUGAGAUGCGACAAUGAUAUGUAAUUCGCAUCUAAAACGUUGUUUUACUGAUAAUUGUUUUUAGCGAAUGUCCAGAAACCAAGUGGUGCUAAGGCGAAAUUACUAAAACCCUUGUCGCUUGCAAAUCUGAAGUCUACAAGGUAAUUGAUGCAUAUUUCAUUGACAUUGUGAUUGUUUUAGUAUGGAGAUAUGGCAAAGCCCAUCUGCUCUGGAACAUGCUGCAGAGAUUAGAUUUAUUUUCAAUCCCAGUAAUGUAUGCUUGUGAGUAAGUGGAGGAGACCUAAGCUGAAUUACGAAUGACACAACUCAACCUGAUUGAGUCAAAGGUUUUCUAAUGGAGCCUCUGGCAGCUGUGUUUCUUUGUAAGAUCGCCAUAGAUUUGACUCCUACCAGAGGCUCUCUAGUAGCAUUUUUCGUAACUGUUUCUGGUUAGGGCUUAAUAUAUGUAUAAAAUUUAGACUUAAAAUUUCCAUCUGUAAAAAUCUUCAACAAUUAGUUAUAUUAAAUGACAAGUCCAAAGUCAUGACAUUUAUCCAAAAUAUUAAUCACAUGUAAAAUAUUUUAUUUAGAGUUUAUUUAUACAAUCAAGAGAGUGAUACCAUUCCUUUCUUUCCAACGGAUGAAUAUGAAAUCAUUAAAUAUGGUUGGUUCAAGGUAAAUGCAAAAUUAUUUUACCCUGUGUAAAAAUGUGGGGCAUUGUAAAAUUGUCGUUGAAAAAUAGUUUUAUCUUAUAUUUUUUGAUAAUAGAGAGGUGUCUGUAUUAGAGAGAUGUCCGUAUUAGAGGGAUGUCUGUAUUAGAGAGAUGGUUGUAUUAGAGAGGUGCCUGUAUUAGAAGGGUGUCUGUAUUAGAGAGGUGUCUGUAUUAGAGAGGUGUCUAUGUUAGAGAGGUAUCUGUAUUAGAGACAUGUCUGUAUUAGAGAGGUGUCUGUAUUAGAGAGGAGUCUGUAUUAGAGAGGUGUCUGUAUUAGAGAGAUGUCUAUAUUAGAGAGGUGUCUGUAUUAUGUUUAGAGAGGUGUCUGUAUUAUACUUAGAAAGGUGUCUAUAUUAGAGAGAUGUCUGUAUUAGAGAGGUGUUUGUAUUAGAAAGGUGUCUGUAUUAGAGAGAUGUCUGUAUUUGAGAGAUGUCUGUAUUAUAGAGUUGUUUGUAUUAGAGAGAUGUCUAUAUUAGAGGGGUGACUAUACAGACUAAUACCAUAUCUGUUUAUUUAGACCAAGUUCUUUGUGUCAGGAAACAAAGAGAUUACUGAAACAUACAAGGGAACAACAGCAGUGAAACUUGGCAUUCAUAUUGUAUCAUUGUUAUUCAUUGAUGACUGCGCACAUUACUGGACAGCGAUGAAUAUCCGUUGGUUGGAAAGUCUACAGCAAAACAAUUCUCAUCGGGCAUUAUAA